CAGUUUCUAGUGUCAGCCGUGAAGCAGAGUCCCUGUUGCUGAAACUCAGUUUUGUUUUGUUGAAAGGAGUCUAGCAGCACAGAGCCUUCCCUGCAGCCCUGCUCAGUACUGUCCCAACACUCUGUUCAGCAGGGUCUGUAAACCGGCCAGACCCCUCCUCCAACAUCCUGAUCCUGCCCCACUAGUCCUGAUCCUGUGGACGAAGCAAUACAGUCCUUAGGUGCUUUGGUUCCAUCUUAAAAGCUGUUCAGCUUGACUUCAGAAGAACAGUUUGGAGGACGUACCAUGCGGGCACUGUGCCUGCUUUGCUGGGCUGUCCUCCUGAACCUGGUGCGAGCUUGUCCGGAGCCCUGUGACUGUGGGGAGAAGUAUGGCUUCCAGAUAGCAGACUGUGCCUAUCGUGACCUAGAGGGUGUGCCACCGGGCUUCCCAGCCAAUGUGACCACACUGAGCCUGUCGGCCAACAAGCUGCCAGGCCUGCCGGAGGGAGCCUUCAGGGAAGUGCCCCUAUUGCAGUCGCUGUGGCUGGCACACAAUGAGAUUCGCUCAGUGGCUGUUGGCGCUCUGGCUGCGCUGGGCCAUCUCAAGAGUCUGGACCUCAGCCACAACCUCAUCUCUGAGUUUGCCUGGAGCGACUUGCACAACCUCAGCGCUCUGCAGCUGCUCAAGAUGGACAGCAACGAGUUAGCCUUCAUCCCCCGGGAUGCCUUCCGCAGCCUCCGCGCCCUGCGUUCUCUGCAGCUCAAUCACAACCGCCUGCACACGUUGGCCGAGGGCACCUUUGCGCCGCUCACCGCGCUGUCCCACUUGCAGAUCAAUGACAACCCUUUUGACUGCACCUGUGGCAUCGUGUGGUUCAAGACGUGGGCCUUGGCCACAGCGGUGUCCAUUCCAGAACAGGACAACAUUGCCUGUACUUCACCCCACGUGCUGAAGGGUACCCCGCUCAGCCGCCUGCCACCCCUGCCCUGCUCAGCCCCCUCGGUGCAACUAAGCUACCAGCCCAGCCAAGAUGGAGCAGAGCUAAGGCCUGGCUUCGUGCUGGCACUCCACUGCGAUGUGGAUGGACAGCCAGUCCCCCAGCGUCACUGGCAUAUUCAUACCCCAGGUGGUACAGUGGAGAUCACCAGUCCUAAUGUAGGUACUGACGGACGUGCCCUGCCUGGUGUCCUUGCAGCCAGUGGGCAGCCACGCUUCCAGGCCUUUGCCAAUGGUAGCCUGCUUAUCCCUGACUUCGGGAAGCAGGAGGAGGGCACCUACAGCUGCUUGGCCACCAACGAGCUAGGCAGUGCUGAAAGCUCUGUAAAUGUGGCCUUGGCCACCCCAGGGGAGGGGGGAGAGGAUGCAGUGGGGCGCAAGUUCCACGGCAAAGCAGUGGAGGGCAAGGGCUGCUAUACGGUUGACAAUGAGGUACAGCCAUCCGGACCGGAAGACAACGUGGUUAUCAUUUAUCUUAGCCGUGCUGGGCCCCCAGAGGCAGCAAUAGCAGCAGAAGGGAGGCCUGCACAGCAGCUCCCAGGCCUACUCCUGCUAGGGCCAAGCCUGCUUGUUCUCGUCCUUGCCUGCUUCUAACUACACCCUGCCCUGGUUGGCUAGAGCAGCCCCAGAACCUUCCUAACCCCCCUUCCCCACCACGUUCCUGCCAAUGUUUCUUCUUAGCACCACAAGGUGAGGUCUGGACUUGGUGAGGCCUGAGGUUAGCCUGGGGACUUCACAUGUUCCUACCACCUUUUCUAAGCGCUUCCAGGCCACUCAUUACUCCAACUUCCAGAUCUGUUCAGAACUAGCAACUAGGAUAGAACUAUAUUCCCAAACGUAUCGUCUCUAGUGCUAAUUGCUGCUAAUGGCCAUCGCCUAUGCUCCUUGCAGGGGCAGCGUGCUAACAGGACAACAAUGAUGCCCUAACCUGACCCACUUUCAGAGUUCUAGAUCAUGGAGAUAAGGAGCGGGUGGGCACUGGGGCUGGGCUGGAAGGGGCUCUGGAGUGGCCAGUACAGGAUCUGGAAAGGAGGUGCCACAGGCCAUGGCUGGGGAGGCUGAAAGCUCUCCCUGUCCUCCUGGUGCUCUCUGAUGAGAUGUGGAAAUCAUCCCUCACUGGGCCUUUCUCUCAUCUCACCCCAAGUCCCACAGCAUGUGCCUGCCUCUUGAGACACUUGCUCCUCCGGUCUUCCCAAGUAUGCCCCAGUAGCCUGACCCUCCGAAGAGGCUAGCUGGUCUGGAUAGCGGGGGGG